AUGAUUCCAUUUGAGGGUUUAUUGCCAUAUGGCAUUAUGAUGACCCUAUUAACAUUAGGGGGUGGUUUAGUUACCGCUACAAGGGUUUAUCAAAAUAAUGGUCAUAGAGUAAGAUAUGCUUAUGAUAAUUGGGAGGAACAAAUGAUGGAGAGGGAUUACAGAUUGACUGGUAAAUUCAGAGAACAAGUUGCUAAUGAAAAAGCUCCAGAAGUUUUCAAAACCAAUUCAUUUUGGAAAUUGGAAAAACCUUCAAGAUGGUGGUGAUCUAUCAUUUGAUGGUCUUAUUUAUUUAUUAGAAACCUAUUUAUUUUAUGUGAUCAAAUCAUCCUUAUUUAUUAAUAUUUAUUUAUUCAUGUGGUGAUACGCACUACAAUACUUCAUAUUUAUUUCAAAAACAAUGCACAUUAUAUGUUCAUAUACAAAAACCGAUUAAUCGUAAACUAUGUAAAUAAUUAACAAUGAUAAAAAAACAUAACAAAAAUAUCUCAUAAAUGACCACCAAUAUAAUUGAC